AUUUACGAGUACCAGAAAGUACUAUGGUGUCUCUAUUUCUCCCUUUCCCGUAAAAACCUUCCUCGCCGCCGCCACCUAUUCCUCCGACCCCCGCCUCUCUCUCUCUCUCUCUCUCUCUCACACACACACACACACACACACACAGAGUUCGACAGAGUCUGACUCAAAACUAUCUCUCAGUUGCUCGACUCAUCAGUCCUAGAUUCAUUGAAUGCCUCCGGCGACAAUGAAAGCGACUCACCAUUUGCACCGUUGAGUGUACAGCUUUGUCAUUAACACAUCCCAUCUUUAUUGAAGCUUCCCAUCUUUCAAUGCCCACCUAGAGAGAGAGAGAGAGAGAGAGAGAGAGAGAGAGAGAGAGAAGCAUAGUAUUACGCCUAUAUUUGCACAAACUCAAAUACAGAGCAGGUUUUCGGUUGCAUUUAAAGAGCCCACCAAAUGUAGAACCAAAGUUCGUGCUACACACGUGACUGGACCUCCAGAGUCCAGAGAGAGAGAGAGUAAAGGAAUGCACGGACAUGGUCCAGACCCUUAGUCUCAUGUUCUUGGUUCAGCAGCAGAACAUGAGAUUAAUUAUCAUGUUGGUGACUUAGGAAGACGAAGCAGCUUAUUACUCCAAGCCAUGGAACCUCACCGAGUAAUACUGAAGGUAUCUCUAAUACUUUUGCUCAUCAACUCGGUGGUAACUCAGCAGAACUCGGAGGAUCAACCGGCGAUGCUCGACCUCCGGUCUUCGCUGGGGCUUAGGGCCAGGGACUGGCCGAGAAAGGCCGACACAUGCUCCUGGACCGGGGUCGAGUGCCAAGACGGCCGAGUAAUCGAGAUAAGUUUGUCCGGUUUGAGACGGACCCGCAUCGGCCGGUUAAACCCCCGGUUCGCCGUCGACUCAUUGGCCAAUUUAACCUUCCUGACGACGUUUAACUCGUCUGGGUUUUUACUGCCGGGGUCAAUACAGGACUGGUUCGGUCAAAGGCUUAGUGCACUCCAAGUGCUCGACCUUAGUUCUUGUUCUAUUACUGGUCCAAUUCCUAUUUCACUUGGAGAUAUAAGUGGAUUGAAUUAUCUGAAUUUGUCUGGUAAUUCUAUUUCCGGUACAAUACCCUCUUCUUUGGGGAAAUUAUCGUCUGUAUCAGUUCUUGAUCUUUCGGGAAAUUCACUGACAGGAUCAAUACCAUCUUCCUUUUCAGCUCUUGCCAACCUUUCUAGUCUGGAUCUCUCUUCAAAUUUCUUAUCCGGGUCGAUCCCUGUAGGUUUUGGCUUGCUUUCUGGCCUUCAGUUCUUGAAUUUUCAAAACAAUAGCCUCAAUGGUUCUGUUCCUGUCCAGCUGGGUAACCUUUCUCAACUGAUUGAACUCGAUUUCAGACACAAUGCUCUGGUGGGUUCAUUGCCAAAUGAGUUGUUUUCGAGUCUCACCAGGCUUCAAUAUGUAGUUUUGAGUUGGAACAAUUUUGAUGGUAAUCUUCCCGAUGAAUUGUGGUUGAUGCCGCAAUUGCGCAUGCUUGAUGUCUCUGGCAAUAACUUCACUGGUGUUUUGCCAAAUGCUACUGCAUUGGGUAAUGCUGCUGGUGCCAUGUUCGUCCUUUCAAAUAAUUCGUUUUACGGAACUCUGACUUCUGUGGUUCUGAACUUUCAUUUGAUUGACCUAUCCAAUAAUUAUUUCCAAGGCCCGGCUCCCAGCAACAUUACCAGAAACAUAGGAACCAAUGUUGCUGGGAAUUGUUUAAUAAGUCUGCCAAAUCAGAGGAAUUUGGAGGAUUGUGAAUUGUUUUAUGCCAGGAGAGGCCUAACUUUUGAUAACAAUAUAGCUCCAGAUUCAGUUCCACCUCCUUUACCACGACCUGCUUCGAACAGCAAAAAACGAGUGACAUAUGUAAUGAUAGGACUAUUUGGUGGACUCGGUUUCAUUGUGCUUUUGGUUGUGGUUCUCCUAAUGCUCCUGAAAUUAUGUGACAAGGGAAAUAGAGAACAGAGGACUGCAAGUAUAGGGCCUGUUCCAGGUGGCAGCUCACCACCUCCCAAGACUUCUAUAAAUUUUUCAGGUCUGGGUGAUUCAUUUAGUUAUGAACAAAUGCUCCAGGCCACGAGUGGUUUUAGUGAUGCAAACCUUAUCAAAAAAGGCCACUCUGGGGACCUUUUCCACGGGAAAUUGGAAGGUGGGUUCCCUGUGGUUAUCAAGAGGGUUGAUUUGAGUUCCUGCACGAAAGAAUCCUAUGUGUUGGAAUUGGAAUUUUUCGGCAGGGUUUCACAUACAAGGUUGGUCCCACUCUUGGGGCACUCCUUGGAGCAUGAGAAUGAGAAGCUCUUGGUUUACAAAUACAUGCCGAACGGAGAUUUGUCUAAUUCAUUGUACAGGUUUACAAAGUUGGAGGAUGACAGUCCACAGUCUUUGGAUUGGAUUACAAGAUUGAAAAUUGCAAUAGGAGCUGCAGAAGUUUUAUGUUACCUACAUCAUGAAUGUAUCCCACCCCUUGUUCAUAGAGAUAUUCAAGCUAGCAGUAUCCUUCUUGAUGACAAAUAUGAAGUGCGGCUUGGAAGCUUGACUGAGGUGCGUGCACAAGAAGGGGAUAAUCACCAGAAUGUGAUUACAAGGUUGCUGCGGAUGCCACAGACUUCUGAACAAGGACCUUCUGGCUCAUCAUCAGCUACCUGUGCUUAUGAUGUAUACUGUUUUGGAAAGGUCUUACUUGAGCUCGUAACCGGUAAGCUUGGUAUCAGCAAUUCAGAUGAUGUCACUACAAAGGAGUGGCUGGACCAAAAUCUACCCUACAUCAGUAUAUAUGAUAAGGAUAUGGUGGCUAAGAUUGUCGAUCAAUCUCUGAUUGUCAAUGAGGAUCUACUCGAAGAGGUGUGGGCCAUGGCGAUAGUAGCCAAGUCAUGCCUUAAUCCCAAGCCUUCACGACGCCCCCUAAUGAGACAUAUCCUCAGAGCACUUGAAAACCCUUUGAAAGUGGUGAGGGAAGAAAGUCACAGCUCCGGUAGGUUAAGAACAACUUCGUCGAGAAGGUCUUGGAGUGCUGCUUUCUUUGGUAGUUGGCGUCACAGCUCAUCCGAAGCUGCGAAUGUUAUUGGCCAAACAAACCGCGAAGGAGUGAAUGAAUCUGCACGUAAGAGAGUGUCCAGUGAGAUUUUCCCAGAACCAGCUGAUAUGCAAGACAUAGAAAGGCAAGAUGGGAACUAGCUAACUCUUCUAGUUGAGAACACAUUCCUAGCGAUGGUUGGUGGCAGCAGAAGCAGGUGGUGGGUGGGUAGCGGCAGCAGCAUUGAUGGUGGUGGGUGGUAUAGUACUGAUGCUUAUUCGGAAAACGUUUUACGUCAAAAUCAACUCAUUUUCCCCUUUCCCUGACUUUUUUUUGGGUCGCACGAAAUACCAAGAAAAAACUUUUCGAAAGACUUUCUUUGCUGAAGCUCACGGAGAGUAUGAAUAAGAUCGGGAUGCCACUACGAUUGCCUGCUGAGUUGUACAACUCAACCCCCAAAGGUACCUCUCUGACUUCAAUGGAUGACUCAUGCCAAGGGGUCAUAGAGUUGCAAAUGACUGACUCCUUGAAAGAAAAACUUGAGUUGGAUGAUAUUGUUGGGCAAUGUGAAAAUCGAUUCGAGAAAAUUGGUUGGUGUACAAGGUAGAGAGAAAGAGAUGUCUUCUUGAAGCCAUAUUUUUGUUAGUUUGGGAUUGCUAAUGAUGACUCAAUAUUGAGAUUUUAUUUUUAUCUGUAAUUUACAUCUUGUCAUGGGUCCGUCCACACGAAAGUAAAUUGUAGAAGGCUAGGCAUUCUUGUUGUGCUGUAUUCAUGUUUACUUGUUUUCUAGGAAAAUGAGGCAGUUGAGUGAAUGUUUUCUUAAAGUUCUGUUAAUACAAUUCGAUUUGCGUA